AUGAGUGAGAGAGAGAAAGGUGAUCAUGGGAAGAAUCCUGGCAAAUCAAGUGAAGAACUUGACAUUCUUCAAAGAAGUAAUAAGAGGAAUAAAGGUGAGGGAGAUCAGUUUUCAAAUGAUGUAUCUAUGAUACCUAGACAUGAAGGUUGGAUGGAAGAUGAGAAUGGCCAACGUUCAACCUGGAGGGAAAUUCUGAUGCGUCAUAAUGGAGAAGAUGAUGAAUGGGAAGGAGAAGCGUCUGCUAAGGAAGACUUAGAUGGGGAGGAACCUGCUGAGGAAGAGGAUGUCAACCAUGGAGGAAUUAAGAUGUGGGAGGAAGAUGAUGGGCGUACUUAUUUUAGUUGCACCAAAAGAGCAAGGAAGAGAAUGAGGAAACCUUGGGAGAAAGCUCUGAUUGUUAAACUCCUUGGGAAGAAAAUUGGGGUGGAGUUUAUUAAGAAAAAAAUAAAUGUCUUAUGGGCUAGAAAAGGCAAAAUCAAUGUCACUGAUAUUGGUAAUGACUUUUUCGUAGUCCAGUUUAGUGAGAAGGAUGAUCUCAAUUUUGCGUUGAACGGUGGUCCAUGGAUUGUUUUGGGUCAUUAUUUAUCGUUGAGGAAGUGGGAACCAACUUUCAGACCUAAUAGUGCUGGAAUUGCUAAGAUUGCUGCUUGGAUUCGUCUACCGGAUAUUCCCAUUGAAUUCUAUGAUGAAGCUUUUUUUAGAAGGAUUGGAAACUGGUUAGGCAAGAUGAUCAAGGUAGACAACAAUACAAAUGCUCAUGUAAGAGGACGGUUUGCAAGAAUAUGUGUGGAACUGGACCUAUCUCUGCCAUUAAAGGGUGAUUAUGUGUUGGAAGGAUUUACCAAACAAAUUGAGUAUGAAGGAUUAGGGCUCAUUUGUUUUGGUUGUGGGAAAUAUGGACAUAGCACCGAGAAUUGUUCAGCUGCUCCAAAGCAACGCAGUUCAUCCGAUAUUCAUAAUGACGAUCAAAUUCAUCAAGAGGAACCUGGCAACUCAGAAUUCCAUCGAAGCAAAGGAUUGAGACAUUGGAUGGUUGUUAACCGUCAACGCAGGAGCCGGCAACCUCCUCAGACGGCCGGUGCAGUCCAGCCAGGCGCUGGUUCAAAAACCGAUAAUCAUGGUGAUAAGGAGGAAAUUACGCAAUCACGGUUUGCAAUCUUAACAGCUGGACCUAUUAAUGAGGAGGAUCAUAAUCAAAUAAUUAAUUCUGUUACUCCUCAUAUGGGGGCCCCUCAGUUUGAAAUUCCUCAGAAAAUAUGGACUAAAUCCAAAAAGUCCAAAGAUACCCCUAGGACUAAUUCAACGGUUCCUACUAUGCAUGCGGCUCCUUCUUCAAGCACGGGUAAGAGGUGUCCAGUCCAGAGUGAAAAUCGUGAAGAUCAUGCUCCCGUUCCACCAUCUCCAUCAAUUGCUACUCCCAUGGCGGUUAGUCCUAUGCAAGCAAAUCAACAUGAUCAGGAAAAUGGGAUGAAAGCAGAUAGCACUUUGAACCAGAAUCAAGAGCAGUUAUAUGGCACAUUUCAUAAAACUGGUCCUGAUAUAUCAGUUGACAACAGCAGCGACAUCCAAAAUCCUGAAACCUCAACCAUCUCUACGUGCAUGGAGGUGGACAGAGUUCACCAGGAAGAUAUUUCAAGAAUGAAGGAUGCAAGAACCUUGGAGGGAGCAGUGAAACCCCAGUUUCAAAAAUCGCUUUUUCUGUUUACUAGGAAAUAUAAGCCUAGUAUUGUAGUGAUUCUAGAACCUCUGUGUAGUGGUCAAAAAGCUUCUGACAUUAUCCGAAAAUCUGGGUUUAAGCAUGCUUUUGUUCAAGAGGCUGAAGGUUACUCAGGGGGUAUUUGGAUCCUCUGGAAUGAUGAGACUGGUCUCGUUGAAAUUGUUAAUCACACAAAACAGUUUGUUCAUUUUAAAGUUCAAAAUUUUCAUGUUCCUUCCUUUUCUUGCACGGCUGUUUAUGCGAGUCCUAGGGAAGAAAAUAGAAAGGAGCUAUGGGAUGAUCUGCUAAACAUUAGUCUCCAUUGUAAUGGGCCGUGGUUGGUGGCUAGGGAUUUUAAUGAAAUAGCAAAUCGUGAUGAGAAGGAAGGUGGCUGUAGAGUUAACUUAAACAGAUGUUCCAAUUUUGCAAAUGUUCUUCAUAAUUGCAAGCUGCUGGAUCUUGGAGGAUCGGGUCCUUGGUUUACAUGGAAGGGUCCGAAGUUUCUUCAUCUUGAUCGUGUUUUUAAGAGGCUGGACCGAGCCUGUGCUAAUGCAAGUUGGAAGACUACCUUUACUGAUGCUGGCGUUAAGGUACUUCCAUGGAUUUAUUCUGAUCAUAGUCCCAUUUUGGUCUACUUGACUAACUUGGACACAGGUUGGAAAAAUCGUCCUUUUCGCUUUGAGAUUGCUUGGAUGAAGCAUUAUAACUUUACUCAGUUUCUGGCUAGGAGCUGGAAUGUUGUGAAAGACACUAGAACGAAUCUGCAUGAUCUGACUCCAAAUUUAAAAAGAUGGAACAAGGUAGUCUUUGGCAACAUUUUCAACAGGAAGACUAACCUAUUGCAUAGUAUUGCAGAAAUUCAGAAUCAUGUUGAUUAUCAUACCAACUUAUCUCUCCAAUCUAGAGAAAAGGAGGUUAGGAAGGACCUUGAUGCGGUUCUCAUACAAGAGGAGAUCUUAUGGUUUCAAAAAGCCAGGGUGAAAACAAAGACUACUUGGCCCCUUCUGCACGAUGAUCUGCUAUCUAAUCUAACUCGUAAUCUUUCGGAUGACGAAAUUUCAAAAGUUGUUUUUAGUAUCAAUGGGUCAAAAGCUCCAGGGGAAGAUGAAUCCCAAUCUGAUUCACCUUGUGAACUCGACUCUUCUGGUCCUCAUUCCAAAAGUAAAAAGACCUGA